AUGCAAGCCUCCAGCCCGCGUAUGCAGCUCGGCCAAUUGCCUACUGGAUUGCUUGACGCCCUAGCCAGCAGAAGCUUGCCCUCGAGGCCGAUCGCAUCCCGCCUUUCACGUGGGAUACCGAGCCAGCGACGAGAUAUAACAGUCAAUCAGCUUGAUACAAGUUCAGACCAGAGGGAGCGCGUCGUGAUUCUAGGCUCUGGCUGGGCAGGAUACACGGUUGCUCGCCAGCUCAACCCGAAGAAGUACCAAGCUGUUGUCGUUUCGCCGCGGUCAUACUUCGCCUUCACGCCACUGUUGGCUUCCACCUCGGUCGGAACGCUCGAGUUCAGGACGGCACUCGAGCCGGUGAGGAGUCGGCGAUCUAACGUCAAUUACUUCCAAGGAUGGGCGGAUGUGGUGGAUUUCAAGAACAAGAAAGUUACGGUCGAGGAGAGUGCUGAUAACUCGACUCAGGGCUUCGCGCUCUCUGGAAGUCGGGCGGAGACCCAGCCGGAGGUGAGAAAGGCAGAACAGGCGAAGAAAGGGAAGACGUUCGACCUGGCAUGGGAUAAGCUGAUCAUCACUGUGGGAUGCUACAGUCAGACAUUCGGAACACCAGGAGUCAAGGAGCACGCGCUGUUCUUGAAGGAUGUUGGAGAUGCGCGGAAGAUACGGAACCGCAUACUGCUAUGCUUCGAGACGGCGGCUCUAUCAACCACAACGGACGCGAUGAGGAAGAAUCUGCUGAACUUUGCGAUAGUGGGCGGUGGACCAACAGGAAUUGAGUUCUCAGCGGAGCUACACGACAUCAUCAAGGAGGACCUGGCAAGGAUAUAUCCUGAGUUGAUGGAGUUCUAUAAGAUCACGGUCUAUGAUGUGGCAGAAAAGGUAUUGCCAAUGUUUGACGAAGAUCUCGGGAAGUAUGCCAUGAAGGUGUUCGCGAGGGAGGGCAUUGCGAUCAAGACGUCUCAUCACGUUGAGUCGCUCAGGAAAGGGCCUCCGGGGGACAGUAAUACCGCCAAAGACGUCCAAGACGAGUACCCGUGCUGGACGCUUCGGGUCAGAGAAGAGGGAGACAUAGGCGUUGGCAUGGUUGUUUGGAGUACUGGUCUUAUGAUCAACCCCUUUGCAAAAAAGGCAUUGGGCAAGAUCCCAUCUAUUCCAGAAUCAGGAGUCAAGUACCUUACCCCGGGUUCCGAAUUAUCACGAGGUUCUCUCCAAUGGGCCGUCAGCAAAGAGCCCAAAACCGGAGCCGUCAUCACCGACGACCGGCUACGCGUGCUCCUUGGGCCCGAUGGUGACCACGAAAGCAAGCAGCGAGCAAUUAUGGAAGACGUUUUUGCUCUUGGUGACUGCGCGAAAAUCGAAAACACAACGUAUCCAGCAACGGCCCAGGUGGCUUCCCAAAAGGCCGAGUGGCUUGCCAAACGGCUCAACAAGGGUGACUUUGACAAGGGUGGCUUCACGUGGAAGAACAUGGGUGUCAUGGCAUACAUUGGUAACUGGAAUGCCAUCAUGCAGGGCGGCGGCGGCGGGAGCGUCUCCGGGCGCGCAGCGUGGGUGCUGUGGCGGGGUGCGUACCUCACGAAGAGCGUGAGCUGGAGGAACAAGGUGCUGAUCCCGAUAUACUGGUUCCUCAAUUGGGCUUUUGGGCGCGACAUCUCACGUUUCUGA